AUGGAUUACUCAACCCUCACGAACGAUCCAGACCAACCCGUCGAGUCCUCGCCUUGGGGUUCUCCGCGCGCCGACCGAAACACCUUCCCCACCUCCGGCAACAAUGACAUCCCAUCUUCUCCAUUGCCUGGACAGGGACAAUCGGUAGAGAGCGCGGAGGGUGACCGCGAGGCAGGCAGUCAAUCCCCGGACCUUUCUGCGCAACUCCAAAACGCACAACUGGGCGACCAUGACUACCCCGAGCCCCAGUCACCGUUCGCGACUCAGCAAUCCCCCAAUGCAGACCAGCGGUCUCAGCUCCCCGCACGCUAUCAGACUGGAGCACGCCAGAAUUCCAGACCUCCAGCGCCAGCACCUACAUACAAGAUCCAGGGAAAGAUCACUGGCCUCGAAAGGACCGGCAAGAAGGAUCCUAUUCUUCGAUUUGACGUUCAUACGAAUAUUCCCAAGUUCCGUACGACGCAGUACCGCGAUGUUCGCCGGACUCACUCCGAAUUCGCCAAACUCGCCGACCAUUUAGUCUCGGCUUGCCCGGAAGCUCUUAUCCCGGCUGUGCCUCCUCCAGUCACACCAGCCGGCGCAGGGACCGAUGAGGACGAGAUUCGGGUCAAGGCUGCCAUGCAGCGGUGGCUCAAUAUCGUACUUAGCAAUGAGGUCCUCAUUCAGGAUGAUGAGAUGGUUCUUUUCGUGGAAAGUGAUUUCGGCUACAGCCCCGUCUUACGCAUGAAACAGCCUGCCACUGGUGUACGGCGUAAGAUGCUAAAGCAGUUUGCUCCGCCCCCAGAUGAUACUCCCGAGCUUCAAGGCGCUCGUCCUACUGUCAAAAUGUUCUACUUGGGAUCAAUGGACGCUAGUCAUAAGGUUGACCGUGUCGUCAAAGGCCGUCGAGGUCUUGGAUUGGCCGAGUCUGACUUCGGUGUCAAGAUUGGCCAGCUGCACGUUCAGGAAACACACCCAGGCUUGAGCAUGGCAUACCGCAAGCUGGGCAAAGUAGUUCAGACAGUCGGUGACUAUCACGCUAUCCAGGCGACAGCCGAGGCUACAACACUAGGAGAGCCUUUGAGCUACCACUCCUCGGAUGCGCUGAUCGUGAAGGAGACUCUGACCAACCGACACAUUCUGCUGCGCGAACUUCUUCAGGCCCAGCAGAGUGCCCAAAGCAAGCGUGCCGCGGCAGACCGAUUGAAGGUCAGCUCUUCUGUUCGCCCGGACAAGGUGGAUGAGGCAAUUGGUGCCCUGGAAGAGGCUCAGACCCGUGAAGACUACCUGACCAAGCGCACGCACCGCGUGACGACGAAUCUCCUCCACGAGAAGCGCCGCUGGUUUGACCGCACCACUGCGGACCUUCUAUUCAGUCUGCGAGAGUACACUCUGCGCCAAAUUGAGGCGGAGCGACGAACCUUGGCCACUCUGGAGAGUGUCCGACCUGAUAUACGUGCUAUCGAUGCCUCUGGUGGAUUGAGUCGACUAGGUCGCGAGGCCCACCCCGCACAGCGCCGACCAAACGCUGUCUCGAGCCAGGGUCCUAAGGGUGAUGCUUGGAGUGGUGUCCCCCGUCGUCCUGAAAGCAUGGGCCGCAGUAUGAGCGGCAGCUUCACUGCCCCUUCGAUUGCACAAGAGGAUGACGAUGCGAGCCACCAGGAGACUGGACAGGGUCGGGCUCGAUCUACCAGCCAAGCUGAGUCGAUUGCGGAGGAGGACGAUGAUCGUCUAGAUGCUCGCAACGCUGCCAGCCGGCUGGCCACCAGCACUUUUUAA